AUGGCAGCAUUUAUUCAAAAUGAAUCUGAAUCUAAUCCGAAUAAUGAACAAAUACUACAGAGUGUUCACUUGCUGCCUCAUAAGACAUUAAACAAAAACGACAACAAUAACAACAAUACUCAUCAAAGAAAUGAAUCCUCGUAUUCCAGGAAUUUUUCACUUCUUGAUUGUUAUGAAGCAGAAUCACCUUCUCAAAGAGAUAGCUAUGUCGAGAUUAACUCAAUUGAUCAUGAUGAAAUAAAUGCUCAAAUAAACGGACUCAACAUAAGUCAUACACCGAGUAAUAAGGGCAGUAGUAACAACUUUGAUGAGAGUGACGGAACAAUUCGAUUAGAUCAGAAAUCGUCUUUAAACACAAAUGGCACAAGUCGGAGAUCAUACAUAAAACCUACCACCUCAAUUUCAGAUAAACAUAUACUCAAAUCAAAGUUUGAUAGAUAUGGAUUCAAAAAAGUUUCAUCUCAAAGUACAAUUACUAUAAACGAAUACAAUAAAUGGUUUGCAGAAUAUUCUGAAUAUUCAAUAAGGCGAAAAAGAAAAUGGGAAAUAUUAUUAAAGAAUAAUGGACUACUAUACAAGUCAAGUGAAAUAGAUUCAAUUGAUCAAAAUGUAGUACCUACGCGGUUUCCACCCAAGUCUGAUAAAGUGAAAAAAUUGGUAAGGAAAGGUAUACCGCCUGAAUGGAGAGGAAAUGCAUGGUUUUAUUACGCAGGUGGAAAUGAAAAACUAUCUAAUUCAAACAUUACAUACGAUCAAUUGGUAGAAGUUACACAAGACAUUAAGAAUAAAGAUACAGAAAUUAUAGAGAGGGAUUUAUUCAGAACAUUUCCAGAUAACAUUUAUUUCAAUUCAUCAAUACUAAAAGAUGAUCAAGAUAAAUAUACAUCAUCAGCUUCAUCUCUUGCUAAUUCAGCCACAAAUGAAAGAGAGGAAACUGAACUAAUUAAAUCCUUGAGAAGAGUCCUAGUGGCAUUUGCUCAUUAUCAACCACAAAUUGGUUAUUGUCAGUCAUUGAACUUUUUAGCAGGACUAUUAUUAUUAUUCAUGAAUGAGGAAAAAUCUUUUUGGAUGUUGGUUAUAUUAACAGAACGAAUUAUACCAAAAGUACAUCUGGCAAAUUUGGAAGGAGUACAUACUGAUCAAGGAGUUUUGAUGUUAUGUGUCAAGGAAUAUAUACCUGACUUGUGGGAUAUCUUAGGCACAAAUUUUGAGGGAGAAAAAUUGAAAGAAGAUAAGAUAUUGACAAGACUACCUCCUGUGACGUUAGUUACAUCUUCAUGGUUUAUGUCCUUAUUUGUUGGCAUUCUACCAAUUGAAACCGUUUUAAGAGUCUGGGAUAUCUUAUUUUAUGAAAAUAGUAAAACAAUUUUUAGAAUAUCAUUAACAAUAUUUAAACUAUGUUUAGAUUCUCCCGAAUUUCAAGCAAGUAACAAAGGAGGUGAAGAAAAUGAACAAAUCGAAUUGUUUCAAUUUACACAAAAUUUUCCUAAAAAGCUUUUAGAUCCAAAUAAUUUGAUUGAUCAUUGUUUUAAAAAAAUUGGUGGAUAUGGGUUUGGUUCUUUAUCACAAGAUGAAAUUAAUAAAUGUAGAACUUUUGUUGCAAAACAAAGAGAGAAAAUGAAAUCAAAUAAGUUGAAAGAUUUAACUGGAAUGACAGAAGAAGAGCGAAAGACUUUAUCUCUGUCAGCAUUAUAUGAUGAAGAUUUGAAUGGAGAAGAUAAUAUUCACGACAUUUAUGGCUUUCAUAGACCAAUUAUGAGUGGUAUUGUUUGGAAUAAGAGUAUAAGUGAUAAAGUCAGAAAAAGGUUUUCCGGUAAAAAAAGGACAUGA